GCUUGUCUGAUGAAUACUGCGCUGUUGGAUGCUAUCUUACACGGAGGAUCUUUUAGUGGACUUGUCUAAAUAUUAUGAUUUAGGACACAAUUUUUUGUCAAAUCCACUGGAAGGCAAACAGUGGGCUAGAGCAUGCUCUUUGCCUAGCUCUGCCCCGCAGUGACUGUGCGUGUGUGCGCGUGUGUGCGCGUGUGUGCGCAAACCGCACGCAUGACUCGCGCGUUCUCCCGGGUACCACAAUCAGACCCCAAAGCGAAAAGAGGGAUCGCAGGAGUCCCAGCAGUGCCCGAGAUGGUGAUUUUAGACUGAGGAGUCACUGAGGCUCUGCGGAGGCUGCAUUAAUCGCUCCAGACACCAGCAGACAGAAUGAAGCGACCUGGGGCCAUCUUCCUCCCCCUGCUCCUCCUCCUCCUCUGUAUCUCUCUACCCGUACGAUCCUUGAUCUCCAACUGUGUCAUCAAGCGCGAGCAGGAGAGAUGCAUGGAGAGGAUCGCGCUUCACGACCCAGCGCAGGACCAGGAGUUCGGUUGUGCUUGGGAGUGGGACAACCUGACGUGUUGGCAGGCGGCGAGCGUGGGCGAGAUCGUGGUGGUCAGCUGCCCUGAGCUCUUUGAGUUCAUGAGUCCUGAGGAAGGUCUCGGGAAGAUCAGUAGGAAUUGUACAGAGGACGGCUGGUCGGAGCCUUACCCACAUUACGUGGAUGCUUGUCUGUCUGAGGAAAACGCCACCAAGCCGGAUAUGUACUAUGCAUCAGUGAAAGCUCUGUACACAGUGGGUUACAGCACAUCUCUGGUAUCCCUCACCACCGCCAUGGUCAUCCUCUGCAGGUUCAGGAAGCUGCACUGCACCAGGAACUUUAUCCACAUGAACCUCUUCGUGUCGUUCAUCCUGAGAGCCAUCUCUGUCUUCAUUAAAGACGGGGUGCUGUAUGCUGAGGAGGACAGCGACCACUGUUUUGUCCACACGGUGGCGUGUAAGGCGGUGAUGGUGUUCUUCCAUUACUGCGUCAUGUCCAACUACUUCUGGCUGUUCAUCGAGGGCCUGUAUCUCUUCACUCUGCUGGUGGAGACCUUCUUCCCGGAGAGGAGAUACUUUUACUGGUACACCCUCAUCGGCUGGGGAACUCCAACUAUUUGUGUGACUAUAUGGGCGGUUCUGCGGCUGCACUUUGACGACUCCGGUUGCUGGGAUAUGAAUGACAACACUGCCCUCUGGUGGGUCAUCAAGGGACCUGUUGUGACUUCAAUUAUGAUUAACUUUGUGCUCUUCAUUGGGAUCAUCAUCAUCCUCGUCCAGAAGCUGCAGUCGCCAGAUGUCGGAGGGAACGAGUCCAGCAUUUACCUCAGCUGUGCUCAGAAAUGCUUCAGUGAGCCCGCACAGGCUGUCCAGCAUUCGUGCAGGAUGUCAGAGCUUUCUACCAUCACCCUGAGGUUGGCUCGCUCCACUCUGCUGCUCAUCCCUCUGUUCGGGAUCCACUACACCGUGUUCGCCUUUUCCCCAGAAGAAGUCAGCAAGCGGGAGAGGCUAGUGUUCGAACUCGGACUCGGCUCUUUCCAGGGCUUCGUGGUAGCCGUGCUGUACUGCUUCCUGAAUGGCGAGUUUCUGCCUGAAGGUGCAGUCGGAGAUCAAGAGGAAAUGGCGCAGCUGGACGGUGAACAGGUACUUUGCUGUGGACCUGAAGCAGCAGCGUCAUCCUUCGCUAGCGAGCAGUGGUGUGAACGGGGGAACGCAGCUGUCCAUCCUGAGCAAGAGCAGCUCACAGAUCCGCAUGUCCAGCCCCCAGGCCGAGAGUGCCACCCUCAACCUGCCAACCUGAGCGUCUGAUUGGACAAGCCAGCUCUAAAUCCGCCCCUUAAAACCUCCCCUAUCUGAUUAAACCUUACUCUAGCCGUAGGGUCUCGCUCCCUGGACAGGCUGAAGAGGCUCUCUAAUUAUCAAUGUUUGUCCAUUAUUGAAACAAAUACAUGACACAUGAUACAUGAGACAUGAUACAUAUCAUAUAAAUUAGGAUUUUGUUAGAAAAUUUGUUACAAAUGCUACAUUAAGAGCAUCGUUGUUAGUCAAGGAUGAACAUGCUCAAUUAUAUUUUUGAAGAUUUCUGACAGAUAGCACUUCAACGCCAUUAGAAAUCAUAUUUGGUGCAUAAUAUUUCAACAGAUAUAUUCUCACUGAUGUUCACUCCAAUCAGAUGGGUAGAACAUUUGAACUCAGACGACCCGCAAUCGAUUUCAGCCUUGGAAAAAAAUUUACAGACCCAGUGGGUUUCGAAGACGUGCAAUGCUCCUAUGAAUGAAUAACGAAUAACUGCAAAUAAAUUUAGACAUAAGAGCAGCGUUGAGUAGGAACGGACUACAUGGUGUCUGGACUACGUAAUCUGAUUACAAAAAUCUGCUACUUGGAUACAUCUAAAAAUACUUGUGAUCAGAAUAAUCUCUUUUUGUCAAUUAAUUUCGGAUUAAAUUUUCAUUUUUGUCGCACAAACCGCAAAAUACUAUCCGUGUGUAAGGAAUAAAACACUUGGGGUGUUCUGUUAUACGAAAAUGAUCAACUUUCCUCUAACAGCAUGCUCUCAAGUGUUUUAUUCCUCUUUUACGACAGCAACUUACUAACAAUUAUAAUUAAUUCAAAUUUAUUAAUGAACAUGACAUGUCGUACUUUUUAUCCACUUAUAGUUACUUUCAAUGUUGUGGAACGUCUGUGAGACAGCAUCUCUCUCUCUCUCUCUCUCUCUAUCUAUCGCUCUCUCUCUCUCCCUCUCUUUUGAAGCUAUUAAGACAAAAAAAUAUCCUUUGACCUGAAGUCUUUUUUGUGUCAGAAAAUGUGCCGACACUGACACUGGAGACUCCUUCCAUAAACAUGAAAAAGAUGCUAAACAAUAAUUUCAUUAAGAUUACAUUUCCUCAGUCAUCUACCCAACACUGUUACAGAGUAUAAUCCAUUUUAAACCCUAAUUAAAAUGUUUAAAAUAGUAUAUUUUUCUCUCAUGAAACUUUACAAUCUUUAAAUAUUACAUAUUUGGAAAUAAAGUGUGACAGAUUUACAGAGCGAAUCUAUGUGUAUUAAAGUACUCCGUGUUUCUGCCAUUGUUCAUCUAUAGUAAGAAGUGCCAAAAUAUGAUUAUUUUGAUAUCGUCUUAUCUGUAAAAUAGUGUUUUUUCAAAGUGACCAUAUAAAAGAAAUUCUCUAUAUUCAGCAUUGCUUGUAAAAAUGGCUAAAGCUUCCGUAAUGAAAUGUGCGUCUCGAUAAAAAGGCUGUAAACAUGUCUUUUUUUUUUUUUUUUUUACAAAUUAUUUUACAAUCAGCCGCACGUACAGAGUAUGUCAACAACGUAAAGACUCGGGAAUUAGUAUCUAUAUUUGCAUAAAUAUAGUAUUGGUUUAAAUCUGUUGCUAUUUCUUUUGUUCGUGCGUUGUUUUUAGGCCAGUGCUGCAAGUGUGACUCUGUAGCUAAUAAAAAAAAAUGCUAAAAACAAUUCAAUAUCUGAUAUCAGAACAGGUUUUUAAAAAAAUGAAAAAGAUAUUUAUGUUACAAAAAUGUGCCAUAUAAUCGUAUAAACGUUUAAGAAUCUGUAUGCUAUCAUAAUUGAUUUGUUGACAACUAAAGAAAUUAUAUCUGUUUAGUGAAAAUAUGUGAAUUUCUGACCACAAAGACAAAUUUAUUUAUGAUUAAAUUAAAAGUCCCCUAAAACAUUUUGUGCUUUAUUAUUGGUAAUAAAAUAAUGCAUAUUCAAAUACAAUAAAAUAAACUAAAAUAAACUAAACUAAAAUAAACUAAAAUAAACUAAAAUAAAAUAAAAUAAAAUAAAUUAUAUUAUAUUACCAACUCUUCAAAGUGCCUGCUGGUCAAUUAUUUAUAUCUCACUUCAAAAAAUAACAAAAUUGUCACUGAUAUUGAAUUUAAAAAAUGUACUAUUGAUGUCUUUUUUUUUUAGCUUACAGUACUGAAAGCAGUGAAUAUCUAAUACUACUAUUGUUAGGAAUUAAAAAAAAAAAAUCUGUUGGUGCACCAUGGACUGUGAUCACUUUCAACGUAAACAACGUAAACUGCAAAUAAAGAAAUUUAGGGCUAAAACGUUUCAAAUGAAUGACUGAUACAGAAUAAUUCUCAGACCCUUUACAAAGUGUAGUCUGAUGUCAAUCUAGUCACACAACCAAAAUUUUGCUGACAAUCAUUUUUUUUUUUUUUAUGUAUCCUUACUGUGACUUAUUUGGGGACAUAACCAUUGCUGUGUUUGCUACGUGUGCUUUCAGUCUCGUUCAGUCAGAAAUAAAUGUAUGUAGAAUAUUAGCACAGCUGAACCAGUCAUUAUUCUGUGAAUUAAAAAAAAACAGUCAUGUGCAAUAUGAAAAUGCUUUCAAUGCAGACGGUAGCAGAAUGAGAAGGUCGCUUUCUAUCAAACAUCGACAUUUUAAAUAGUUUGAAAGUUUCACUGAUUGUCCUGUAACUGCUUUGUAUUUAUCGUCUCUUCAUCAGUUAAGAGCCGAGUUUGAGUUGCGUGUAUCAGUAUAUCAGUGAGCGACGUGAUAUAUAACAUACUCCACGUGAUGGUUCUAAAGUUUCUCGAACCCUAAUUAAUGAGUUAGUCCUGAUUAAUUAAUCAAGGUGUCAAACAUGGUAAUUAACCCUAGAAAGAAAAAACAGAAUGCACAGCAGUCUAAUAAAGGAAUACAGCGUGUUUAUUUUCAGUCAAAUCUCUAAUCAGUGCAUCUGCAACCUACAUGUGAUUACCACUGAUAAAAAUCAUGAUGUUUACUGAAACAUCUGUACUGAAAACACGAUGGAAAACCCAUUUAGUCCAAAUUCACUCAUAAUGGAAGUCUAAGGGCAGCUGUUAAAGGUGUAAUAGUCCAUUUUCUUAUUUCCUACCUGUACAAAAACCCUGUAAGAUUUGUAAAACGUGAUAAAAAGUGGUUUAAGCCAUGACAUUAGCACAAGUGUACUAAGUGGCUGAGAAAACCCGUUUGGAAAACUGACUUCCGGUCCGGAAUGCUUGCUUGUGUUUGGAUGGGAUACUCUAUGGGCCACCAAAGAUCCUGAGGGCAGAGCUUUGUGAACAUUGGUGGAAAUGGUGCAGUGAGCUAAAGUUAAAAAAAAGCAACUAAUAAUCAAAAUGUCAAAUGCCCCAACUACUUAACUAAGUGUUAAGAAUCCUAAUCUUGAAGAAAAAAUCGACUAAUUAUACCUAAUGAACCUUUAAAUACUGUGAAUGUUUCAAAAAACACUACUACAUUUUACAAAUUCAAAACUUCUGAAAGGUCGUAGGAUGAGCAAGACAUAAGAGAAAGCUAUCAAAAAAAAAAAAAACGGUUGAUCAUAUAUCAGACAAAAACAUCUAUCUGUGUAACAAAGAGCAAAGAUUAGAAUUGGAUUUGGAAAAGAAAUUUCAUUUUGAAACUGGAAAUGUUUACAUAUAAAGAGUCUUAACUGUUUUUUUCUUUUGUUAGGAUUGAUUUUAUUAUAUUUAUACUUUCUCCUUUAUUAUAUUUAUUCUAUUUAUAAUGUAAGUGAUUUUUGUGUGGAGGAGUUUAACUGUGAAGUGCUUCAGUUAAAAAAACAUCUCUUAGUAAUGCUUUUUAGUAGUUUUUAACAAUAACAAUAUCAGAUUGGUAUCGAUAUCAGUUGAUACUCGAGGUUUCAGUACCGAUAUCAGUAAAGUAAACAUGGUAUUGUGUCAUCUUUACACAUAAUACAUAACUCUGUAUGUUUUUUUCCCUUUGAAACACUGAUCUGAUCUCUAAAUGGAGGAAUUAUACAGAUUUCGAGCUUAAAAUUCCUAAAAUUUAUUCACAGGAUUCAAGCACUGCCCUUAGACUUCCAUGACAAGUGCGUUUCAAGUAAACAUUUUCUUUUUUUUACUCUAAUUUCAGUACAGGAAAACGUCGAAACAUUGAUUGUCGUCGGUAAUUACAUGAAUGCUAUGUACAGUAUGUAAUGGAUAGAAAUUCUGGGUUAUUCCUCUGUUUGUUUGUUUGGUUUAAGCACUGGAGUAUUCCUUUAAGAAUCAUUGUAAUACUUGUGUUCUACAUUCAGCUUGUACGCUUAGCUAUUAUUUCUCUAUUUAUUGAAUUUAUGAAUGCAAUUUAUUUAUUUUUCACUGUAUCAUCCAACACACAAAGAGUGUACAGAGAGAACAAAUGAUGUACUUACCUGAUUGAGAUGCAUAUGUUUUGAAUGUACAGAGAAAAAAAUGUAUUCCUAAAGAAGGAUAGAUAGAUAGAUAGAUAGAUAGAUAGAUAGAUAGAUAGAUAGAAUGCAUGUAAAAUAGAAAAAAGAAGGAAAAAAGCUGCUGCUUUCUGUGUUCUUGACACCAGCUGUCUUUCUGAGUGAGUGUGCUCAGAAGGUAACGACCAUGUCUUGAAGCUGUUAUAAACCAAUGCCAGCUGUGGGUGUGGGUGUGUGUGUGGGUGUGGGUGUGUGUGUUGCAUAUGCCAACCACUGGGUGGUGUUGUGUUUUUCUCUUUCAUUACUGCGCUCAUCACGAAGCGAGCCUUUAAAUCCACACAUGGCUCUCAUUGACUCGUCGUGGAGCGGCCUAGAUGUGCUUUCGAACCUUGAAUGUACUGAACAGAAUCGUAUCGUACUUUCCAGAAUGAGUUGUUGUGUAUCAUAGCCUGCUUGGUUUCUUUUUUCUUUUCCAUGAUGUAUAGUAAAGCUUCUUGGUAAACCUCUGCGCAUUUUUCUACAUGUCGACUUUCAUUGUAGAUGAACUUGGUAUUUCUGAUGUCUGUGCCAAAUUUUGUAUCUGUAUAUGGAUUUUUAUUGUCUGCUUUGGAGUGAAAUGGGAGAGGUGAUGCAGUCUGAGAUGGCCUCGUUGUUAGUAGUCAGUGGUUGUUCAUGGCCAAAAAAAAUGGACAAAAUGAACACUAAAACUCAGCAUUCAAAACAGGGACACUGGUUGUAUAACAUUCUUUGAGAAUAUAUAUUUAUUUCUUUGUAAAAGUGCCAAAAUAUUCAAUAAAUAGAUGAAUCGUU